GACAACAUAGAUUGAGAUUUUAGGUUGCAUUUACAGAUAUUAUAUCUACAUCUUCAACUGAAGCCUUUCUCGGUGCAAUAUCAACUUUUUCGUCAAGUCACAAAGUCAAUUAUAAAAAAUGGCACGCACUGCGGCCGGGCGAGCGGUAUUCACCUCUGCUAUGAAACUUCAGAUAGAUGAGCUUGAAGAUGUUAUCUCUCGUCUCAUAGCCACCAGAGACCUUGAUAUUCCAACAAUCCAGGAAAAAUCCGAAACCAUCCAAGCAGAAAUCGAAGAGAGACAAGAGGAGAAGGAAAACACCAUGAGCAGAAUUGUCGCAGCAUUGCGAAUUCUUCCAGGACACAAUUUUCGACGUCUGUUUAUAAGCAUUCUUCGAGAUAACCCCGUUAAUCAACAAUUGCUUGUGGCCAGAUGGGAGGAACAAUUCGGUAAUCUCGAUACUGAGUUUGAGGGUGAUCCUUUCUUAAGUGAUCCGUACGCAUUGUUUGCCUACAUGAAUGAAAAAUCCACAAUAACUCUCCGAUUAAUUGUUUCUUUUAUGGCUGGUAUGGACAGUUCGCUUCGGGAGGGUAUUAAGAACGCAUUAUUGACCACGUUGGAGGAUGGAACUCUUGAGAUAAACAUCUUCGAUCCGUUUGAACGAGAGCAAUCCCCUGAGAUUGAAUUGGCGCCAAGGUCACCAAGAACACAUAGAAUGUUUCUGCCGGAACCUUCUGUCGUGGAUGACGAACAGUCUCUGCGGGAUACUUCGAGUGAUUGGGAUGAUGUCGAGGAAACAGCAUUUGUGCGAGAAUCUUCGAACGACUCGUACGUCAGCGAUACAACACCUUUACGAGAUACUUCAAGUGAUUGGGAUGUCGAGGAGAAAAUUUUUGUGCGAGAAGCUUCCGAAGACUCCUACGUCAGUGAUACGACGCCUUUGCGGGAUACUUCGAGUGAUUGGGAUAUAGAGGAAACAGUAUUUGUGCGAGACGCUUCCGAAGACUUGUAUGGUAGUGAUAUAACAAUUUCACGGGAAGAUGCUUCUCUGGACGUCGUUGAGGAUUCGGAGUUUGAUGAUGAGCCUCCUAUGAGAAGUACUUCUAUGUGAGAUCUUAUGAAGUGACGGAUAUCAGCGACUGAAGGGAUGGACAGGAAGCUAUCUUUCGAGCUCGUCAGAAUUUGGAGCUUAGUAAGGUCUAAUAUACAUUUGUGUGAGUAUCUCGAUAAUUUUUGUGAGAGUAGAUAUCUGAAAUCAAGAUAGAGAAAACUAGAAUUGGUAGCAUAGAGAUGGUGUUUUGGCCA